CUGUCCAAGAAAAGUAUUAAUUAGUAUACAUAUAUUAUAAUAAAGAAAAGUCUUCUAUUGUGAGAUAUGAUUCUUACAUAAGAUAAUUACACGCUAAAGAUUACAUAAGUUUGAGUAAUAUAUGUGUUUAUCUCUCAUAUACGUCAGCAUAAUAAAAUUUUAAUAAUAGACCUUGAGAACUUGUAAUAUAAAACGCAGAAUCUAUAAUGAAUCAACACUUUGUGCACGUAUAUGAAACAGGGAAAAUGUUACUCUACGCGCUUAGUAUACUCGGUAUUAUAAUAUUUGAAUUAUUUUCGGCUGCAGAAUCCAAUCUUCCUAUAACCACGUGCAAACGAGACGUAGUUGAUUAUUCAGCCUGUUUAAAGCGCGCUUUAGAAGAAGCAUGGCCACGAUUUCUUAAAGGAUUACCAGAAUAUGAUUUUCCAUCUUUGGAUCCACUAUUUUAUAAAUACGGCAAAUAUAUAUUAACCUCUGGUGAAGUACGUGGAACACUAAUUGUGUUCAAUACUACUUGCACUGGAUUAUCCCAAAUGCAUUUUUCGGAUAUAAGAACACAUUACAAUGAUGACGUCUUCCGUUUGGAAAUUGACACACAAGUACCGUACCUGUUUGCAGAGGGUUCCUUUAAUAUAAAUGGCAGUCUAAGUGUAUUCAAGUUUCUUACUCAAAGUUAUUUUAACCUAACCAUACAUGAUGCCAGAACAACAUGGGAUUUGACAGGACACCUAGUAAAUGAUACGUGGAUUGUUGAACAUUUUCAUGCAACUCCAUCAAUUGGGAAAAUGAAAUUUUAUGCCGACAAUUUAAUCGAAAGCAGCAAACAGCUUACCGUAACCUUCUGCAAACGGAAUGUGGUUGAUUAUUCCACCUGUUUAAAACGCGCUUUAGAGGAAGCUUGGCGACGAUUUAUUAAAGGAUUACCGGAAUAUGAUUUGCCACCUUUGGAUCCACUAUUUUACAAUUAUGGUAAAGCUGUAUUCAAUUCUGGUGCGCUACGUGGAGAUGUAAGGUUCUUUAAUCUCACUUGCAUCGGAUUAUCCCAAAGUCAUUUUUCUGAUGUAAGAGCACAUUACACUGAUAAAGGUCUUUCAUGUGGAAAUUUGCGAUAUGAGAUUCAUACUGCAGAACUAUGUUUCGUAGGCUUAGAACAACUCAGAACAAAAAGAAAGACAAAUAUUAAUACCAAGUUCUCGAAUUAUUUACCGCUCACCAAGUGUCGUGGCCAUCAGCAUUAUAAACUUGAGGCAGCUGCUUUGACUUGUUUCUUCCGUGGAAAACCCGAGAACUGCGCAAGAUUGAACAUUAUAUGUUCAGUCUUGCAGCAUUUGGAUUAUUCACAUCUAGAGAUUCUACGCUUUAAUUAUUCAUUAAAAAACAUGUUAUUCUACCUGCUCAGUGCAUUCAGCAUUGCAACAUUUGGAUCAUUCGCAACUGGAGAAUCUACGCUUCCUAUAACUACUUGCAAGCGCAAUUCAGUCGAUUAUUCCGCCUGUUUAACACACUUUUUGAAAGAAACUUGGUCACAAUUUAUUCCAGGACUGCCAGAAUUGAACUUUCCAACUCUGGAUCCAUUAAAUUACGAACACGGUGCAGCAGAAUUCAAAUCAGGCGAGAUAGAUGCAAAAGUUGUUUUAUCAAAUACUACUGCUACAGGCUUAUCAAAAGUUCGUUUUUAUGAUGUAAGAACGUAUUUUCAUGAUGACAAAUUCCGUUUGGAAAUCGACAUACAAAUAUCAAACCUAUACGUGAAAGGGGACGUGAAAAUAGAUGGCACUGUAGGGAUAUUUAAAAUUAUUAACGAUGGUCAUUUCAAUUCAACCAUUGGUGAUAUCAAAGGAACAUGGGAUAUAACAGGACGUGUAGUAAAUGAUACAGGGAUUGUAGAAAAUGUUCGAACAUUUCCGUCAAUUGGAAAGUUUAAUAUAUAUUUUGAUAAUUUAUUCCAAGGUAACAAAGAGUUGAACAAUCUUGCUGUAAUUUUUAUAAACGAGUUCUGGCCACCGUUAUAUCGAGUGAUGUUGCCAAUAGUAGCCAAUAUAUGGGAUCCAUGGUUGGCUGACAUCAUCAAUAAGAUUUUCUCAAAAGUUCCCUUCUCAAAAAUGUUUCCGUGAAAUGCGUACAUUUAUCACACGUUUAAACAUAUCAACAAAUACGAAUAACAGAGAAAUUAUACCAUAUAAUAAAAAGCAAGCUCAAUUUAUACCGUGCGGAAAAAUUUUUUCAGUUUUAUAUGUCUUAAACUUAAACGAGACAAGAGGAGAGAAAUAAAAAACUUGCAGCUAAUCACUAAAUAACUAUGACAAUAAGUGAAGUAGGAACACAUGUACUUACACAGUAAUAUAUCAAGCCGAAUCGAACCAAAAGCGCUGUGCGACUGCGGAAA